GCCAUAAUUAUCAAAUCUCGGCGAAAAUCACUGAUAAUAACAACAUUCUUUCAUUGUUUCAUUGCUCAUUCAUUCUUAAACAUGCAACGCGCAAAGUCCCAUACUCCAGCUCGAACCCCAUCUGACAAUGUUAGCCAACGUGUUGGAAAUAUUAAUAGUCAAAGCAACAACUCGAAUACUGUCACAAAUACUAGUAAUAACGUUUCUAUUGUAGAUAAUCGAGAGUCACAGCAACAAAAAGGCUUGGAAUGGACGCUUGGACUUUCAAUCAGAGUAAAAACUCUAAAUGAUGACGAGUAUGAAGGACAGAUUUAUGCUUACGAUCCGAAGACCAACUGCGUUGUUCUUCAAACCCCAUCUGCGUCUACAACUCCUAAUUCAAGCGGUUCCCAGAAAUAUGAUUUUCGAAUUUUAAAAAUUAGUUUUCUUAAAGAAGUGGCUCAAAUUCCAAAUCGCAAAUCUUCAAUCGAUAUUAAUUCUAAUUUUGCAACUGUUACGAACUCAACUGCAAACAGCUCAGCAAAUGGUCAAAACACAAAUAAUGGUAUUUUUUCUACAUUCGUUCCAUCAGUAGGAUACGUACCGAUGGAAAGGAUUCAAGCGAGAGAAAUACAAGCUGUAAGAGAAACACAAGCUGCGCUAGCGAGAAUUGGAGUUGGAGUAACGCAGAAAGCACAGGAUAUUUUUGAUGCAUUGAGCAAGACAUUACCUUGUAGAUGGGCUAAAGAUUCGAUUGUCGUUUUGGAUGAGGUGAUGAUUAACCCUCCAUACGAUAUUGAUGAUUGUAAAGCAAGUCAAAGUGCUUCUGGCUCGCUGGCGCAGGUUAGAAAAGUGCUGGAAGGAGAAAGGAAGAGAUUAGAAAGCGGACGAAAAUAAUAUUCAAAAUUGUAUAACCAAUGACAUAAUAAGUAGUAAUAUAUCCAGAAUCAAUCAUAUUUAAUAGUUAGUUAUAUAAUGUUCUUAUUAUAUGUUGCUUGCUUUAUCGUUCUUCAUCUCUUAUUUUAUUACUCCAAAAAGGAGACCAUAUUUUUGAGUUUAUCGUUCACAACGGUUUUAUUUUACAAGUUGGGAAUGGAUAACAUUUUAUUUUAGUGGAGGGCAUUUUGGCAUUUUUAGGUAUUUUCUGCACGGCGCAUGAGUUCCUAAUUUUAAUAUCACCCGAAUUUAUCACAUGAUAUGUACGAAUGACUCAUAAUUCGUAGAGAUCAUCUCACCUGAUUGUAACCUGAUAGAAUACAAUAAAAAAAACACGAUAAAUCAUAAUGCAUUUACAAUUACUUAAAAAUGAAAU